AUCAAGCUAAGAAGUUUUUCUUACACCAUGGUGAGGUUGUAGAUUGUCAUUGACUAUGUACGCAUAAAACCGUACGUAUUUUUGGUACACGUUAUUAUACACACGUGCGACAGAGAAAUUGUAAAACGAGUGACGAUACAGUGAAUGCCACCGUGAACGAGUGUUUCGACGAGACAGCAACGUCUGCUUUCGCGGGCUCCGGUAUCGAAUUUCAACGCACCGACACGAGCAAGCCCUGGCCUCACCGACGCCAAUUAACGUGACUUUGGCCGAAUGAUUGGACCGUGUCCCGGCUACGGACCGAUGUGACCAGGCGGUUUUUCCAAUCCACCUUGGAAAAUUGCCGGAUAACGCGCAGCGUUUCCAACCGUUGCCGCGUAACCCUGGUGUGAUUGGUGGCGAAAUCGGACGGGGUGGAGAGGCGAGGCGGGGAGGGCGGGUUCAAGCAGGUAUCGGUCUGGUUGUAAGAGUAAACUGCCCAUAGGAUGAACAACGAGCAGCCGUAUGAGCCCCCAUUGAAUCCUGAAAAUACGCCUAGGGUGCUGAGUCUGGAUCCGGCCGAGGGGCCGCUUCGGGAGCCGCCUGGGAUGGAUCAUCUGUUGUACGUGCAAUUGGGAAGCCUUAUCCGCAAUCAGCGGGAAGUACGACUUGGGAUAUUGCCGGAGAAGCAGACUCCGUUCCUUCGUUCGCUGGACAACAAGGUCAAGUCGUACGUUAGAUUUUGCAACACGACCAGCCACGUGGUGGCGUUGUUUUGGAUCGAUUACGAAGGCCGGGCUGUCAGGUACGGCACACUGUCGCGUAAUAAUUGCCUGGACAUCGACACGUUCGUCACCCAUCCAUGGAUCUUCGUCGACCAGCAGACGGGGGACAGGUACGCGGUGAACCACAAGUCGGUGUUCUACCCGGAGCCGCAUCGGCUGAAUGGAGGCGGCAGGACUCGCGUUUUGAUCACAAAGCCGCCGAUCUACAAGCUGCGAGAUCGGGCUCUCAGAGUGGUCGCGGAACAUUUGAGAACACAUCUCGACGCCUUCAAGCUCGAAAUUCCCGCUGAGCUCCAGUACGAGUUGUCGGUUAAAAUAUGUGACAUGAACUGUACUUGAAAUUUUCAAUGUUACUCGAAACCCUUUGCGCUCUCGACGCCGUUUAAUCUCCGAAAUCGCAAAUAAGUUGUUCCGAUACGAAACACGACGUGCACGUAAAAUUGACCUUUUUAAAACGUAAACGAGUUUCAUGAUGCACAAGUUACCGCGGAACGUGACACGAGUCGAAGCGACGCCCCGGUGUCACUCGAGUGCCAAAAGGGUUGUACACCGAACGGUGGACGCAACGGCUGGAAAGCUGUAUCAGAUGAGAUGUAACGAUGCAUGUGAAACGUUAUAAAUGACACUUAUUUUCUGUAUUAUUAAAGAUUUUCAUGUAUAAUAUGGACAUAAAUAUAACGAAUAAAGAAUUACGCGAUC